UUGACAGCUGUCACCGUACGUCGAGGUCAAGGGGAGAGAAGCAUGGCUGCGUUGUUUAGAGGGUCUCGAACUAUAUGGUUAAGGUGGAAUAAACAUGUCGACUUUGCCUUCGUGUCAACACGUUCAAUGGCCUCUAAAACACCAGUGGGGUUCAUCGGUCUGGGAAACAUGGGAACUCCAAUGGCCAAAAACCUGUUAAAAAAUGGUUAUCCUGUCAUUGCCACUGAUGUCUUCCCAGAGUCUUGUAAAGAGUUGCAGGACAUGGGUGCCCAGGUAAUGGACUCCCCUGCAGAAGUAGCGGAGAAAGCAGACCGCAUCAUUACAAUGCUGCCCUCUAGUCCUAAUGUCAUAGAAGUCUACACAGGUCCAAAUGGUAUCCUCAAAAAGGUGAAGAAGGGGACACUGUUAAUUGACUCCUCAACAAUUGAUCCUGCCGUAGCCAAAGAGAUGGCAGUAGCUGCAGAGAAGAUGGGUUCUGUUUUCAUGGAUGCUCCAGUGUCAGGAGGUGUUGGGGCUGCCAGCAUGGCCAAACUGACCUUCAUGGUUGGAGGAGUGGAGGAGGAAUAUCAGGCUGCACAGGAGCUGCUCACCUGCAUGGGAGCCAAUGUUGUGUACUGCGGACAGGUUGGCACUGGACAGGCAGCUAAGAUAUGCAACAACAUGCUGUUAGCUAUCGGGAUGAUUGGGACUGCAGAGACCAUGAACCUUGGCAUCAGACUGGGUUUGGACCCCAAACUUCUUGCAAAGAUCCUCAACAUGUCCUCAGGUCGCUGCUGGUCCAGCGACACAUACAACCCAGUCCCCGGGGUAAUGGAGGGAGUCCCUUCUGCCAACAACUACCAGGGCGGCUUUGGAACCACACUAAUGGCCAAAGAUCUGGGUUUGGCCCAAAACACUGCCACCGGCACAAAGACACCCAUCCCUCUAGGUUCCCUCGCCCAUCAGAUCUACAGAGUCAUGUGCUCUCGCGGCUAUGCCAACAAAGAUUUCUCAUCCGUCUUCCAGUUUCUGCGCGAGGAGGAAGGACAGUGAAUGGAGUACAGCUAUCAUAGCUGCUAUCAUAACCAAAUAUACACACACCAAAACCACACACCCCAGUGUCCCUUAUCCCACAACGCUCAGGAGGGACUAAGGCCUAAUGCUCAGGCACAUUUAUGCAGUCCAAUUAACAUGUUGUAUGUUGACACAUGUCCCAAUUAUGCAGAAUAAUAGCUGAAUAAUAAUUUUCUGCCUGUGUCCUUCACUUUACAUGGAGGAAAUGCUAAGAAAGAUUGAGGUGUGGCAGGUUUACAUGUAACAAUGCAACUAAUAUUUGGCUUUUCAAGAUGGUUUAUGAGUAAAAAUUGCAUGAAUGUUAAAAGUUAAGCAUGUAUUUGUCCAAUCUAUGCUAUAUGCCUGUUACCUGAGCCUGAACAUGUUAAAUGAUAAGGACAAGAAAAAAAAAACAGUAAUGAUUCAUGUUAUGGUAAUAAAUGGAAUUGAAGAGAAUAGGAGAGUGCAGAGGUUCUGCUACACUAUAUAUCUGUUAAUUCCCAUAUUAACAGCUGUUCAUGUGAAGUUACAACUGCCCACACAAAGUGUACUGACUUUGUUCCAUUUUUUGUUUCUGACUGGAAGGUGAUGUCAUUCAAUCCACUUCAUUCCUUCCAGUUAGGAAACAUAAUUUAAUUUGUUUAUUGAAUAAUUCAUUUUAUCUAUUUAAUUAUUACCUUUUGAAUACACUACAGUUACAGUGGUACUACAUAUAAGUCCUUACUUGCUGGAUUUACCAGUCCUGAUCUACUAUGCUGUGAGAUAAAUAUCCGGUUAUUUUUGUACCGUGUGCAUCGCAGUGCGAUGUGCUUGGCCAUUUUGAUACUGUUACAUUUGAAUUUACCUCUUUUCUCAACUGUGUACAUCUGCUUAUUGAGCCACCUGAGUAGUAUUUUGUGACCAAUAAUGUUGAAAUUUUAUACUAUCAUCUACAAAACGUUGUCUGUGUCAAGCACCUUCUCUGGUUCAUAUUUCUCCUCAUAUUCUCUCCUCUCUGUCUCUCCUUCCUUCUCUGUGUCUACUACAUCAUGUAAAGUGCCAGAGAGGAAUGGUUCUCCCUGCUCUUAGAAAAUGUACAUAAUUUAUAUUUCAUAUUGUUGUGUAGCAUUUGAUAGAAAUUAAAAUUUACUUUUUUUUUUAGUAAAAUUCAUUAAUGGUGUCUACAGUUUGUCUUUGUUCUGUCAAACAGAUCCUCAGUCAUGCUGUAGCCUAAAUAAAAUAUGUUCUGU